CUUGUUAGGUAUUCUUUCAUUCUUCCUUGCCUUCACCACUGAAUCAACAUGGCACCGGUCUCAGCAUGUCUGGUUUAUGCUUUGGCCUUAUUUGUUCUAAUCAGUGUUGCACUAGCUGAAUACGAGCCUUAUACGCCCGUCUACAAGGAAACUCCAUACAAGAAACCAGUUGUAGAGGUUACUGCAGAAGUGUAUCUUCCAAAAUAUGAAGCUCCUAAAUACGAAGCACCUGCUUACGUGGCUCCCAAAUACGAAGCACCAAAGUACGAAGCACCAAAGUACGUAGCUCCAAAAUAUGAAGCACCAAAGUACAUCGCUCCCAAAUAUGAAGCACCAAAGUACGAAGCAUCAAAGUACACUCCUAAAUACGAAGCACCAAAAUACACUCCUAAGUACGUCUACACAUCUCCACCACCACCGGUUUACGUCGCCCCCAAAUAUGAAGCACCAAAAUACACCCCUAAGUACGUCUACGCAUCUCCACCACCACCGACUUACGUCGCCCCCAAGUACGAAGCACCGGUGUACACCCCAAAGUACGUCUACGCAUCUCCACCACCAUCGGCUUACGUCGCUCCCAAGUACGAAGCACCAAAGUACACCCCUAAGUACCUCUAUGCAUCUCCACCACCACCGGCUUACGUCGCUCCCAAGUACGAAGCACCAAAGUACACUCCUAAAUACGUCUACCCAUCUCCACCAUCACCGGCUUACGUCGCUCCCAAGUACGAAGCACCAAAGUACACUCCUAAAUACGUCUACGCAUCUCCACCACCACCGGCUUAUGUCUCUCCCAAGUACGAAGCACCAAAGUACAUCCCUAAAUACGUCUACGCAUCUCCACCGCCACCAGCUUACGUCGCUCCCAAAUACGAAUCACCAAAGUAUACUCCUAAAUAUGCCAACCCAUCUCCACCACCACCGGCUUACGUUGCUCCUUAUUACUGAAAAUCUUAGUGCUUAUCUCCAAGAGUUUUCUACUGCCCCCUUGGAAUACACCGUGUACCUAGCCAACAACAUUCAUACAGUGUUACAUCGUUUGUAACGUAUGUACCUGGCAUCCCCUCGUUCACCAAACUGUAAUUUGAUUUAUGUCGUGAGUUUGAAUUGUUUUUAGUUCUGCAAUUUGCAGCCAAAUGCAAUUUUUAUAGGUUGCAGAUAUAUGUUCGCUAAUGGAAUUUCAUUUCCUUUU